GGCCUUUGUGAUACCUACAGCUGGUUUGUUCUAUAGUUUCCGCUUCAUCUCGAACGCUGAGUUAGCUCGUCAUGCCGAUAUUCGUGCGGCCGACGACGAGAGCUCUCGUCGGCGCAUUUGCUCAGUCUCGCGCAUACGCAACGGUAGAAACACCUGUCAUAGUGGCAAAGCCGCCCCUGUCGCCUCCGCCACGAUUGCCAACCCAAGAGUCUGAGCCACCCUCAGACAUAGAUCGAAUUGUCCUCGAUGCUCUCAGUCGUACGCCAUCUGGGUCACGGACGAGUCUACCUCAGCUUAUAGAUCAGUACUUGCAGCGCUCUGGACGAGUGCUUGACCAGCAUCUGCCGUACGAAUCCCGUCCUUCGCCGUCGAGGCGCGCAGAUUUUGCUUCCGUUACACACCAUGCACAGGAUCCCGGCGCAGCGAAGGUCCAUCUCAUCGCCCAUGCUGCACAGGAGGGAGACAGGCACAAAGUCACACUAGCGUCCGGCUUUGCGAUCAAUGGAACCGGUGAACAGGAAGGAGAGUCUUUGUUCAUCACUUGCGCACAUACACUCGAGGAGAUACGGUGGUCUCCUUUACUCGUCCUUCCAAGCACGCCGGGUUCUACCUCUCCAUUCUCCUCACCCGAUCUCCCGGGGGCCCGAUCCUCCGGAUCCUUUGUCCUCUCGUCCUCUCCCAACAGCACCGGAACAACACUUACUCACCCCGUCACCUCCGUUUUAUCUUCCCUUCACCGUUCCGACCUCCUUCUCCUUUCCGCCACCUCAGACAUAGCGACCUCCGGAUCACCGCUUUCGAAGCUUACAUCAUUUCCCGUAUCACCAUAUCCUGCACAUCCCGGAACGCCUAUCAGAGCUCAUUUCCACAGCGCCACACGACCACAGCUGGACGGUGAGGACGGUGAGGGAUGGGAGCCCUGGGUCGGAGGCUCGUGGGCUAAGUGGGUGAAGGGGACUGUGUUAGGCUACAGAGAUUUUGCGGGUAGGGAGGCACAGCCAGGGACAUAUGAUUCGCUAUCUCAUAUGCUAUUCAAGCCACCGCCUACCGCAGGAUCGAGUGGCGGUCCCAUCAUAGAUGAGGAGACGGGUGCGGUUGUGGGUGUUAUGCUCGGUACGCGCAUGGAUAAUCGAGUUGAGGGUUUGCGUGGCUGGGGAGUCCCUUCGGAGUCCAUCUUCGAGAUGUUCAAUCUCCCAGGAUUAACGCUGAAGCGUUGAGCGUUCGACGUUCGUACGCUAUUUUGAGCUCGGUGCAUGAUAACUCAUUUGUGUGGCCCUCCUCCGCCUCCAUGGGCACCGCCACUCGCUCUGUUCUCAAUUGGUUAGAUUGUCAUUAUAGAGUAUAUUUCGUUUUUGGAUUGUGCGGAUUCUUGAUCAUACAUAUGGAGGAGUAUGUUUAUCUGGAGUUGAUUGUUCUGUUAUUGUACUUGGAGCCUCUAUUAUGCGUAAUGACAUGGCCAGGAUGAGUUAUUAUCCAUUUGGACCC